AUGAGUACAUCUACUACUCCAUCGAUUAUUAUUCGUAGUUAUCAAUCAUCGGAUUUAUCUGAAUCCCAAAAUUUGUUAUUAGACGGUCAUAAAGAGUAUGAUAAUCCUAUGGAGUACUUCACUCAUGCCUUUGAAACAGAUAUGGCAGAUAUUGAGAAGAAUUAUCUUCAAGUUCCGAAUGGUCACUGGUGGGUUGCUGUAUCAACAGAUGACAAUCGUAUUGUCGGCCAAGUAGCAAUCCAACCUCUACGUCUCGGAGAUCCGAUGUAUUAUCAGCUUGUGCCGUUGGAAGAGAGAGAUCAAAUCUGUGAGUUGCGAAGAAUGAGUGUGGCUCCUGAUGCUCAAAGAUAUAAUAUCGGUUCGCGUCUAUUAAAAACUUUAUUAGACUUUGCUCGACAACAUGGCUAUCGGCAAGUACAUUUGACAACAGCAACCAGCAUGAGUAAAGCCUGUGCAUUCUAUGAAAAACAUGGUUUCGUGAAAGGUGAUAUUUACCGCUUUUCAUUCGAAGAUUUAAACCUUUUACAACAUACACAAGACAAAAAGCAUUUCACGGAAAUUCUUCCAAAACCAUUUAUUUUCAAACCGGGAGAUAUUAUACCGGCAGAAGAUCAAGAACGCAUGAAAAUGCCACCAACAAAAUCAAAAUAUGGUUAUGGGCAGCACUUCUUUCUUGAUUUGUAG